AUGUUCCGGUGGAGCAACAAGAGCCCUCCUCCGGCCGCCGGUGCCGGAACCGGUGCCGACAGGGCGGCCGGCGGCGGGGAGGUUGCGGUGCAGAAGGUGGACAAGAUCGAGCAGGUUCAAUUCUUGAACGUGGUCUCCAGGCCAUCUGUUGACGUCGACAGAGAGGCGGAGAAGUUCAUCAGGAAGCAGAGGAGCAAGUGGUGA